AUUUUACUUUUUCAAAUAAAGUCAAUAUGAAAAUUAUUGGAUAUAUUACCUUUAAUCAAAUUUAGCGGGACUGAAUAAUGAGCAAAUACAAAUCACCAAAUUUGAAAAUGACAUCAAGGAUGUUAGGCAAUAUGGCGGCGAUCAAAAACUGGGUUGUUCAGAGAAAUAUAAAAUUAGCCUAAAUGUUUUCCAUUGAAUUGAGAAAGACAAAAGAUCAGAGUUUGAUAUUUUAACUUCAUUUCUUAAGAUCAACUUUAAGUGAAGGUAAGAUAAGAGGUCGGUCAUCAUUGCCAACUCCAGCGAAAGGUCCUGAUUUGGGCUUGCUGCAUUCAGCAUACAGACUGUUAACUCCAGGAAAUACUGUCAUAUUAUUUCAAGAAAAAAUCAAAGUGGUCGCCAUUUCAGUUUCCAGAGUUCUUCUCCAAGUUUCUCAACAACAUUGGAUUACCUGAAAUUCAUAUUUACAGUAGGACAACAAGAGAGAAUCUAACAGAUCUAGGUCGGAUAAACACCUUUAGAAUGGUCAUAGUGAGAGACUAUGAUUGAGCAAUAUGGCAGCGGCAGCAAACAAUCCUCAUCCUAAAUUUAAAGAAAUAGACAAGGAAUACCGAAAGCUCCUGUUUGAACUAAGUCAAAAGUUGACUCGUGACAAUAGUGAACGUUUGGCUUAUGUACUCAAAUUCCAAGAAGAAUUUAAGACAAGUAUUGAGCUAUUGCACAAGCUUGAAAAAAUAAAUGUUUUCAGUAUUGAAAGGUUAGAUGAAUUGAAAAAAGCCUUUGAGGUUAUAAAACUCCAUGCACUGAAUGACUGUAUAGAGGAAUUUGAAACAUGGGCAAAGCCAUACCUGAACAAGCGUUUGAUAAGACGAUUUAGCUCUUGCGAUGGGUCCUGCCUGAUUGGUCGGGAAGCUGAACUUGAGGAGAUAAUCCAGACACUGAUGUCUGGUGGUCAAUCUAACCGUCGUGAUGGAAUCAACAGUGUAUUAUUGUAUGGGUUCCCUGGUCAUGGGAAAACAACGCUUGCUCUUGAAGCCUUAACACAAAUGAGUACUUAUGAACGAUAUCCCCAAGACUCGCUGAUUGAAAUAAAUUUGAAAAAUCAUGUCUCUUGCAAGGAAGUUUAUCAAAGCUUAAUGAAGGAACUUGAUUUGGGAGUCAUGUCGAAUCUCAAUGAUAGCAGGAAGGUGUUACAUGACUAUCUUAAAGAACUUGAUCAAGAUACAAUAAUAUUCUUUGACAAUGCGGAUGGUCUCCUACAGCCUGAGGGAGAUGAAGAACACAAAGCGCAGAGGAGCAUGUUUAUCAAAUUUCUUCGGCAUGUUAUAUGUAAGACAAGUCCCUAUGUGCGGGUACUCAUGACGUCGAGAUACGCACUACCUGAACCUACUCCAGGGGGCUAUAUACCGAUUCAUCAGAUGAACUUAAAGCGGUUGUCCCUUGAUGAGUCCAAAGAACUGUUGAACUUUAACCUUUUAACAGAAAGAACUGAGCGGAUACAAAUACAGCCUGAAGAGGAAGAUAGAAUUAUUGAGCUGUGUGAUAGGCAUCCCUUGGGCAUCAAGGUCGUAGCAAGUCGACUGAAGCAACUUACAAUUAAACCGAAGGAUAUCAUCAAAAUUCUGUCUCCAAACACCGAGCAUACCACUGCUCAGCAAAAAAGGGGGCGCUUUAGAGAAAAGAAAAAAUCAUCAAGCUCAUUUCAGCAACUUCACGAAGACCCCAACAUUUCUGAAGAUGAAAACCUGGAUUACAUUUUCCAGAAUAUGUUCGAAUACCUGAAGGACUUGCAAAAAUGUAGUCUCGUGUAUUUGGCAAUAUUUCCCGGAGCAUUUUCUGUACGUGAUGCAGCAGCCAUAAUGAAUGUUUCAGAAGAAGAUGCUCGUUUCCAACUUGAUUCGCUUAUCAAGUUGAAUUUUGUGGAACAGCAGACACCAUUGGAUUUCGGCACACAGAAAACGGGUCAAUUACGUUAUAACCUCCAUACUAAUAUUCAUCAUUUUUUAACUGAGUUGCCAGCUGGGUCUUUUAAGCUCGAAAAUGACCCACAAUCUUUAGCAGAGGUAAGAGCUGAAGGAAAGAACAACUUUAUGAAAUAUUUUCACAAACAACUUGGCAAAGUAUCCAAGUUGUCCGAUGAAAAUUAUCAGAAAGCAUACUAUAAGCUUCAAAGAAAUCGGGCCAAUUUUAAAACACUUUAUGAGUUCGACUUACUUGAGCCUCACUUUGAGAGUGAUUUAACAGAAUCAUCAUUUCUCCUCGAGAUGUUUCUCAUACCCAGACAGCGAAGGGAUUGGUUUGAACGUCGUGCAAAGGUCGCUUUUGAACGUGGCGAGAGAGAACGAUUUGUGACGAACCAAUGUACAAUGAUUGUCGUCCAAGCAGAUUUAAAUUGCAGAAUCGAUGAACUGGAACCGCUAUUAAAUGAAGUAAACAAUCACAUCUUAGCCUUCGAUGAUGGUUAUGUAAAACAACGAGUGUUACCGCUAUACUACAACGCAAGAGGGAUUUCCCAUUUGAAUUCUGGCGAUCUUAAUAUUGCAAUAGAAUCCCUUGAAAAAGCUUAUGAGAUCAGGAAGGAACUACUUCCUAAUACUUCAGUUACGUGUCGUACUUUGAAUGAUCUUGGAGCAGCAUAUUUUAAGAGAUCUUGUGUUCUGAAUUCUCCAACCCGGGCGACAGAUAUCGAAAAGAGCAUGAUGUAUCAGCUUAAUGCCGUCAACAUGAGGAAAUCUCUUGGGGUCAACCAUUUCGACUACCCCUUGUAUUUGCAUAACAUAGCUACUAACUACUACCAGCAAGGGAAGGACCAUUACGAAGAAGCUCUGCGUUACAUACAGGAAGCUCUUGAUAUUAACGACAGUCUGAAAAUGAUGACUUUUGCCAAAAAAGCAGACCUGUAUUUCACCCAGGCUUAUAUAAUUUUUCAAAAAGAUCGCAAAGCUGGCUUAAAAAAUGCCCUUGAGCCUGCAAAAAAGGCACUUGAGAUGAGAAAAAAAGCCAAAGGGAUUUGCACAGAAACUGCAAGAAGCUACUACCAAGUUGGCCUCAUAUUAUUCAAUCAGGCAAAAUAUCAGGAGGCGUUAGAUCAUUUUUAUGAACAAUUCAAACUUGAAUGUUCAGCUCUACGCAUGGGCAAAAAUCAUUCUGGAGAAAACUUCCAUAGUAUGAUGGAGAGAAUUAAAAACUGCUGUGAAAAACUUGGGAGAGAUCCUGUAUAUUAUCUCGAUGAGCAGGAGACAAUUACGAAGGGUCAUUGAAAUAUCUGAAAAAACAACUGCAGACGGAAACAGCCCUGAUGUGCAAAGGGAAACCCCACAGCAUAGAUUGGGACAAUAUGCAAGACCAUAUCAAAGAUUCUCUUGAUAUGCUAAAACAAGAUGGAUGGAUACAGUACAAAGCUAAAUUCAGACAUGCUGAACAAGCUUUCAUGGAACACAAGGACAGAGGAACAUUGACAGAACAGCCUGAAGACCCCUUCUCAUCAUCAAGCUCUGAUGAUGAUCAGCCAAGUCCAAAGAAAAGAAAGGAUUACUUUAGGUUCUAAACUAAUCAAUGAUAAAUAUGUCAUUGUGAACUUAACAAUACAAUGGUGUCAG